AUGGGUAACUCACACUCAUCCCGUAAAUUAUCCCGCAAAAAACUUUCCAAGAAAAAAUCUUUACAAAAAUUAAACAGCCCUGAUUCUACAAAACAACAACAAAUAUAUAAUCCAUCUUUAAAUUUUCAUAUACCAAAGAAUGAGCAAGAUAUUGAUAGAAUGCAACUUGAACAUUUUUUAUUCCAACAUAUUUGGAAAUGUGAUUUUUCUUCUCCAAUCGAACAAAUACUUAAAGCUGGUAAUGCAAAAGUAUUAGAUAUUGGUUGUGGUCCUGGAACCUGGCUCCUAGCUACAAGUCUAAAGUAUCCAUCAACUCAGUUCUAUGGAAUAGAUAUUGCACCAGUAUUUCCCAAAGAAAUCAAACCGGAGAAUUUAGAAUUCAUCCAGUCAGAUAUCACUAGA